AGCAGGAAGUGGGAUUAUCGCCGGAGCUCCGACAGACUAGUAGGAUGGAGCCGGAUUUCUUCAUUGGGGCAGGAACGGGAGGAGGCUCGGCUAUUGUCGGCGACUGGGACGAAAGAGGCGUGGACGAGGAAUACUGCGAGGACGAUGCCGAGGUGCAGCAGGAAUGCCUGCAGAAAUUCACCACCCGGGAUUACAUCAUGGAACCGGCAAUAUUCAACACCCUGAAGACGUACUUCCAGGCUGGAGGAUCCCCAGAAAAUGUAAUCCAGCUGUUGUCGGAAAACUACACGGCUGUUGCUCAGACUGUCAAUUUGUUGGCGGAAUGGCUCAUCCAAUCAGGCGUGGAGCCGGUGCAGGUACAGGAGACCGUGGAAAAUCACCUGAAGAGCUUAUUGAUCAAACACUUUGACCCACGGAAAGCCGACUCCAUCUUUACAGAAGAAGGAGAGACCCCUGGGUGGUUGGAGCAGAUGAUCGCGCACACAACUUGGAGAGAUCUCUUCUACAAACUGGCCGAGGCGCACCCCGACUGCUUAAUGCUUAAUUUCACAGUGAAGCUAAUAUCGGAUGCAGGAUAUCAGGGUGAAAUCACCAGCGUCUCCACUGCGUGCCAGCAGCUGGAGGUCUUCUCAAGGGUCUUGCGUACAUCGCUGGCGACCAUCCUGGACGGAGGGGAGGAGAACCUGGAAAAAAAUCUCCCGGAGUUUGCGAAAAUGGUGUGUCACGGAGAGCACACGUAUCUCUUUGCCCAGGCGAUCAUGUCUAUCCUGGCACAGGAAGAGCAGGGGGGAUCUGCCAUGCGCCGAAUUGCCCAAGAGGUGCAAAGGUUCGCGCAUGAAAAGGGCCACGAUGCCAGUCAGAUCACGCUGGCAAUGGGCACGGCCGCAUCCUACCCACGAGCAUGCCAGGCUCUAGGGGCCAUGUUGUCUAAAGGAGCAUUGAAUCCGGCUGACAUCACGGUCUUGUUCAAGAUGUUUACGAGCAUGGACGCACCUCCGGUGGAGCUGAUCCGUGUUCCCGCUUUCCUGGAUCUUUUCAUGCUGUCUCUGUUCAAACCGGGGGCAAAAAUAAAUCAGGAUCAUAAACAUAAAUAUAUCCACAUCUUGGCAUAUGCAGCCAGUGUGGUGGAAACCUGGAAAAAGAAUAAGCGAGUGAAUAUUAACAAGGACGAGUUGAAGUCAACAUCCAAAGCGAUCGAGACCGUCCACAAUCUCUGCUGUAACGAGAACAAGGGUGCAUCUGAGCUGGUGGCCGAGCUGAGCACCCUGUAUCAAUGUAUCCGGUUUCCGGUGGUGGCCAUGGGAGUCCUGAAGUGGGUGGAAUGGACGGUGUCAGAGCCUCGGUAUUUCCAGCUGCAGACGGAUCACACGCCUGUACACCUGGCCCUGCUGGACGAGAUCAGCACCUGCCACCAGCUUCUGCAUCCUCAGGUCCUGCAGCUCCUCAUCAAGCUGUUUGAGACAGAACAUUCUCAGCUGGAUGUCAUGGAACAGAUGGAGCUGAAGAAAACUUUACUGGAUAGAAUGGUUCAUCUCCUGAGCCGAGGGUACGUCCUACCCGUGGUAACCUACAUCCGCCGCUGCCUGGAAAAGAUGGACACCGAUAUCUCGCUCAUCCGAUACUUUGUAACCGAGGUUCUAGAUGUCAUCACCCCCCCUUACACCUCGGACUUCGUCCAGCUCUUUCUCCCUAUUCUGGAGAACGAAAGCAUCGCCGGGACCAUCAAAACCGAAGGGGAACACGAUCCUGUAACGGAAUUUAUCGCUCACUGCAAAUCCAAAUUCACCAUGAUGAACUAACCUGACGGCACCAGCAGAAAGGGCCGCUUUCCCCGGACGGUAUUUUAUGGCUUCUCUGCUUACAAAGGCAGAUCUAAGUCCGAGGUUCGACACCCAGCUUGCAAGUUAAGUCUGUUAGUAUCUGUAUAUAGAGACGUGUUUUUUUUUUUUUUGUACUUUGGGUUGUCGAGUUGUACAGACUUUUUUUUGUUGUUCUGAUAUUUUUAAAUAAAAUAAAAAUGGUGUUUAAAGCCA